AUGGCUGACGAAGAUCCCAAGAGUUAUUGCUGUAAACCCUUUCGACUGGCAGAGAAACGGCGAUCUGCAACUUGUCAAUUUGCAGAUAGAGUGGCUCAAGUGUCGGUGGAUCAGUUCCAUUUGCUUCCUGAAGAAGAUCGUCCACAAAAAACAUGCGUUGCAACAAUUGUUGCCCAUCACGAUGGGGACCUUCGCGUUUUGAGCAUGGGCAUCGGGACCAAGUUUGUCUCGGAAUCUACCUUGCAGGAAGAAGUGGAUUCUGAAAACUAUGGGAUCCGAGUUCGGGACUCUCCAAACAACAGCAUCAAGUAUACUUUGAAACCUGGCGUCACCCUUCACAUGUACACGAGCUCAGCGCCAUGCGGCAACGCGACGUUAAAGAAGUUUGCAAAGAUGACUAGAGAAAAGUUUAUUGACAUGGAUGCCGAUAAUUGGCCGGAGCCGAAACAUGAGCCUAUCAAUGGGCAUGCCAUUAGAGAAGGCCAGUUUGCACUUCUAGUGAAGAAGGAUCCGUUCGCACAGGUCCAUACAGAACCCGAGAAAGACGAUGAAGCAAAUCCAACUAAGAAGAGAAAGGUUUGGCCUGCAAAUGCCUCUGAUGAUUGGACACCACCUGGCACAACAAUUGUUCAAACAGGAAAAGGUAGCAUUCAUUGCUGUUCAGACAAGAUUUGUCUCUGGAACUGCUUGGGAAUUCAGGGAUCGUUACUAGCGAGCUUUCUUGAGAAACCACUCCAUAUUAAUACUCUAACUGUAGGGCGAAAACUAACGCAAUGUAUCUGUCGUCGGGCUGUAUGCUGUCGGCUCAGCCGUCUCCCUGCAUUGCCGUCAGAGGAGUUGGAAAAAGCCUACUCGAUCAAUCACCCAAGCAUAAUGGGCACGGGAGUGUACCUUGAUGAGGCAGGGAUCAUUGAAGUAGACAACGAAAACCGUGGGCAAGAUGUGCGUUUCCAUUCCUCAAAAUGCUGGGCAUGGUGGUCAUCAAUUUAUGACGAAGAAAAAGGAGCCACAGAUAAUCUGUGUCCAUUUGAAUGUAUCAAUGGAGCCACGGGAUUCUUGUUCACACCGAACGAAAGCAGUGUUUCCAAACCGCUGGUAUCUAGGCUGAGUACCUCUUCGUUGGUAUCCUCCUUCUUAAACGCACGCAGCAUCGCUUGUGGGAAGGGCGAAUUAGAAAAGAAACAAAGUCUGAAACUAUACGAGUUGCUGGCUCUGAAAAAGGAGCUCUCCCCACAACAUGAAUCUGUGAAAGAGGAAAUCUUCACAAAGCAUCGAAUUUUGCGACAAUGGAAACGAAGAGGGCAAAUACAAAAGAAGUAG